GCAAAAGGAUUAGCAAAUAUAACUGAUCUACCAACACAUCCAUUGUUUGUUGUUAAAAAUUCUUCUAAAAAAAAUGCUAAAUCAAAUUCUGAGUUAUUUUUUUCAAAUUCUUUACAAACAUUAACUAAUAUGAAUAAUCUCUUUCCAAAUAAUUCUUUUAUUAAUCCUUUUCAAAUAUUUGCUUCAUUUUUUCAACCGCCUCAAUUUUUACAACCAUCACAAUUUACAAAUUCACAAAUUGCUUUUUUUUCAUCUCAAGUUUUAACAAUGUUAGAUUUUUUAAAAAAUUUGGAUAUUCAUGAAGGUCAGGUUGAUACUGAAGAAGCAUUUAUACAUUAUUUACCAGGAUUUCAAA